AGAAUAAACAUUGGAAACUACUACUGUGUGCGUGUCUCAAGCCCUCUUGCCUGCAUUCCUGUUUUUGGAGUUGCCAGCACAUACCAUUACACCAAGUUCAGGUUUGUAGUGAAUAUUGAAGAAGAAGGCAGUCUUGUAUUUUGCUUUUUCACAUUUAUAAGAUGGAUGAAGAUGAACUAAUGGAAGAUGUGCUUAACAGGUUUCUUAGUAGUCAUGAGCAAACAUACGAGGAAUUCCUUGGUGUUUUUACACAUGAUACAGAAAGCUCCAAAACCUCAGGAGAAGUAACUAAAGACGAAGAGAGGACUGUCACUACCAGUCCUAAAGUAAUAAAUGAAACCGCUCUCUCACAUGGGGGAAUAUUACAUUGCCCAGCACUUGCCAAAAGGCAUUCUGUAGAUGAAACGGAAGAUGAGCUUGUUAUUGGAGAAGGUGUGAAAGUUGGUGCGAUCUCAACUGGUGAUUUACAUAUGGCAGGUAGAGUAAAGAUGGAUAAUUACCUACAAAGUGAAGAUCCAGUACAUGAUGAAGAUAUAAACAAAGGUAUAGCCAGUGCAAGGCUACAUUGUCUUCCAGGUGAAGCAGAAAGUCAGUCAACAAGAUACACUCCUUCUUUUGCUCACCAUACUUUCUUGGAUUUCAAGAUGACAACAUCUGUGACAAAUGCAUCAGAUGACAUGGAAGAGGUGUCCCAUGAUGACGUGCAACCUUUCACACUUGAUAAGGAUUUUGAUUAUGACAAUGUGGCCUUGUCAGCAAAAUUUUCAGAAGCAGAACUAUAUACCAUGUCAGAUAUGUUAAAGCACAAGAAACCCUGUUUAGACAGUGACACUGAAGAAUUUGAGGACUGACCCAUAACCACCCACAGAUCCUUCAGUCAUAUCAGGAGAGUAAUCUGCUGUAGUCAGAUGGCAGGGAGUUAAGUCGGUGCCAACAUGAAAUGCUGUAACUGCCUUUGGCCUAAUGACUCUAAAAAGACAUCUAGAACAGUACCUAGCUGCAAAGCUCCAUCAUUAAGUGAUACCAAACUACAUAAGCAUUUACACUUCUCUAAAAAGUAAAAAUUAACAUCUUAGAUUAUUUGCAUAUUA